CAUUGGUGGAUCAAUAUUUAAUGCCCAGAGAUUCUGGCUCUGCAGGAGUCAUGUCAGGGGACCUCUAGAGCCAAUCUGCUUGGGUAGAGGAGUGAUAAUUAUUCAUGGGCUCCUGCCUCUUGCUCCUUCUCUUGCACAGCCCCACUCUGCUGACUCAGUGCCUUAUUCAGUCUUCUCUCCCUCUCUUCACUGCUGUAGCUGGACCCCUUUGCCUUCACCACCUCUGAGAGCCUGCACAUCCCACCAUGGCUAAAACAGCAAUGGCUUACAAGGAAAAGAUGAAGGAGUUGUCCAUGCUUUCCCUGAUCUGCUCCUGUUUUUACCCUGAACCUCGCAACAUGAACAUCUAUAAAUAUGAUGACAUGGAAGUGAAACAAAUCAACAAACGUGCCUCGGGCCAGGCCUUUGAACUGAUCCUAAAGCCACCAUCUCCGGUCUCAGAAGCACCACGAACUUUAGCUUCUCCAAAGAAGAAAGAACUGUCUCUUGAGGAGAUCCAGAAAAAGCUGGAGGCUGCAGAGGAGAGGAGGAAGUCCCAGGAGGCCCAGGUGCUGAAACAUCUGGCGGAGAAGAGAGAACAUGAGCGAGAAGUGCUUCAAAAGGCUUUGGAGGAGAACAAUAACUUCAGCAAAAUGGCAGAGGAAAAGCUGAUACUGAAAAUGGAACAGAUCAAAGAAAACCGUGAAGCUAAUAUAGCUGCUCUCAUUGAACGUCUCCAAGAAAAGGAGAGGCAUGCUGCAGAGGUCCGUAGAAACAAGGAGCUCCAGGUGGAACUGUCUGGCUGAAAACAGCAAUGGUGGAUGUGACCCAUCCCACCAUUAGUAAACUCCCCCUGCCUAUAUUAUUAUGGAUCAUGCGAUAUCAAUAUGGGAAAUGUAUGACAUGGUUUAAAAAAAAAAUCAAGAACUCAAUAAAAAACUUUAAAAAGAAACAAAAAUAAACACAAAACCAAUGUGGUCUCUUUGCAGAAUGAUUUGCUUGAUGUUUAAAAAACUUGGAUCUUAUUUUGUAAAUACUUACAUUUUUGUUAAAAAAUACAAGUAUUGCAUUAUGCAAGUUAUUUCAUAAUCUUACAUGUCCUGUAACAGGCUUCUGAUGUUGUCUAUUUCCACUCGACUGAAUUUGCUGGGUCUGUUCAUUUGAAGCACCUCACGUCUAAUUCCAUUCCCUGCAACUUUCAUUCCAACCCACCAUGAGGUCAGUAGUAGUUCUAUGGUGCUAGAGACCAGUCAUUGCCUAAUAACCUAGACUGCUUUGCCAUCAAUAAGCUUUGUUGAAACAGUGACUAGAUCACAGGUAUGUGAUUUCACAUUCAGCUGUGCAAAACAAAAGGCUCUUAAAAUGUAGUUUCUUCAAACGCAACUUACACUACAGGACUCUGUACUGUGCUAUAUAACAGAGGUUAAAUCACCACAUGCAGUAGUUGUUGCUUUUGCUUUUUAAGGUGAGGCAACAAAUACAGCUGUGCAGCAGAAUAAAAACAAGUGGGACCAGUUUGAAGCAAAUAUAAGAGGCAGAUUGUAACCAUCAAGCUACGACAAAUACUUGGUGAUGCCAAACAGCCAUACAAAUGCUAAUUGUAAAGUGAGCUUAAUUCACCACUUAAAAAAUUUAUUGAUGGAGCAACUAAUAGAUAACAUCAAGUGGCUUUAUCUGUAGGUCCAUGAUCUAUGAUACUUAUCUGAUGCUACCACAUUACAUGUGUAAUAGUACAAGAGACUACCAAAUAUUUCACCUGGAACCCAUGAGCCAGUUGUUACCUUAUUUUUUGACACUGCUGACUUCCAUUCAUCAUGACCUUUACUCUUCAGUGUUAGCUGACCCUACCUAGUGACAGACAUAUAGAACUAAGAGGGCUGAAGCAGGAGAAUGACUAGACAGGGUGCUUGUGCCAAGUACACUAUUACCAAACCAAACACAUCAUCCCCAAAAUAGCUGCAGUUUUGAAGUUGUCCCUGCCCCCCUGGAGGUUGCUGCCUGCAUAUUCUAUUCUUCAUUAGUGCUAUUUUCCUGUAUGUCAUUGUGAGCAAGCUGUGAUUAAUAAAGAAUUGGGGUUCUGUGAACUGAAAAAGGGCUUGUCUCUUCUCUCACUCCAUUACUUCUCUGAUAUGUGCCCAAGCACGGUGAAAAACUAAUGUAGACUUAAAAUCAUGGAAAUGAGACUUAAAUUUAAGACCUGUUAAUAAACCAAGCCUCUUUCUCUGCUGAUACAGGACUAACCCCUGCUAUAUGUUUUCCAGUGCUUAGACUGACUGGGUUUAAAGAUUACCGUUUAAACUGAGCCUAUAAAUGUGACCUCUAGCAUUGAGUCUAUUAAAAAAGAGAACUAGCUACACACAUCUGCACAUGCACCCCUUAAUCCUGACUCAAUAUUGGGGGGAAAAUGGAAUUUUGGGAAAGAAAAGUGAAUAAUGUAAUUCUGGGUACAUAGAUGAAUAGCUGCAGCAAGAUUCCGGCUGUUAACACACUGAUUUUCAGGCUAAAAGGGAUUCAUUUACAGGAUUUAUAGAAAAACAGAAAAUCACUAGGGAAGUUGCUGAGCUGCAGAGCUGGGAUAUAAAAUUAGAUUGAACCAAAUUCAGAACUGGACAGAUGAUCAAGAAUUACCUCUGGGAUUAUUUUUCUGAUUUAAAGUCAUGAAAGUGACAUCAUUUAUCUGUUCUUUCUGAGAGAAGGGUCAAAAGAUCCAGAUCUGCAACAGUCUGUUUCUGACCUUUGCAGCCGGUUUUAUUUCAGAGACAAGCUAUGUCCCUGGAAGAUUUGGCCUGCAGUCAAAAAGAAGCAGAAGCUGAUUCAGGCACAAGACUUGCAGCUCAGCAAUGUGUGCAAUGAGCUCUGUACCAUGGAAUGCAGUACUCCAACUCGCUGCCUAAAUUCCUUGUCUUUCUGGCAAAAUUACCAGGAGUAAACUGGCAGAGAAGCCAAACAGCAAUCUUUGAAUCUGGAUAUACGAGCUUCAAUGUUGCCAAACCUAUAAAGUUUGUGUAUUGUUUUAAGACCCAGUAAAAAAAAAGAGUCAAGCUUAUAUUUCAAUUUAAGAUCCAGGAUCUUGGUUUGAGGGCUCCUGGAUUUUGGUUUCAUUUCUUAGUGGCAAAUCUCUUAUAUUUUUCCCUGUCCAUUGCCUUGAACGAGAUCUGGUUGUUCUUCAAGCCCUUUUCCUGUUUGUUGAGCUGGCUACACUUCCUGAGUGAACAUGCCACAGACAAAUCUCUUGUGCUGGGGUCAAGCAGGGCAGCCUGCCUCCAUGGGGCUAAGAUUUCUUCCCCCACAAACAAGAGUGUCUACACCCAGAAUGCCCAUUGGAAUGCUCACUGGCACAUGCCUCCCCCAACACAGUCCUGAGCAUUGCCUGGAAAAUGCUUUUCAAAAGGUACCAAGACUGCAACAGGGAAAUGAGUGAAGAGCAAGACAGUGUGAGCACUGUAGACCCAUGUCAGAACCCACACUCUGCUCCUGUUCUUUUGGAUCUUUUAACAGUUGUGAGCCUGGAGUUCAUUUUAUUAAGGUAUAACUAUAUUUUGAAAGCCUGUUUGCAAAUACAUUGCAUAUUUGAUCUAUAAUAGCAAAAAUUGCUGCAGCAUGGCCAUUUCUGUAUAUUACUACUGUUUCCUUAUACUAAUUCCUUAUAUUUUGCUUUAGUACUGCAUUCCUAGCUCCUCUUUGCUUGUGUAAGCAAAAGCAUAUUGGUGCCACGGGUCUCUCAUGU